AUGUCCCUAACAACCCCGGGCAGUAAGCGCAGCCGUUUCCGACAAUGGGUCUCCUCCCUUGGUUCCACCCCCCCUGGCAAACCAAACUCGCCAGCAGCAUCCCCAGCUCCUACCACGCAGUCUAACGCUUCGGGAACGUCGACUGCGACGCAGCAAGAUUUCCAAACCCGAGUUUUACUUCUUCUCUCCCCGCAGGAUCAAGACACCAUUCAACAACACAGCCUGACGAAAACAACGGACGUGGAUGCACUCGUACAGGAAGCUCUCGCGGCGACGAGGCAGAAGCAGACGAUAUGCCAGGCAAAAAGAUGGACUUGGACAUUUCGUGGACAUACUGUCACCUUACGAGAAAAGGCAGACAAUAUUAUAAAAUGGCUAGAUCGCUUUCAGCAGGUGGGAGAUGUUGCCUCCAACGUCGAUCCUGUGCAUGUGGGACUUCCGUGGGCUGGCAUUCGUCUUCUUUUGGAGGCCGCGAUUUCCGCGCAAAGCCAGAUGGCGGCCCUCCUCCUUGGUCUUGAAACAGCCUUCUACCUCUCAAACCGUCUCCAAGUGUACAAGGCAUAUUUGAACAUCCUUCCGGCUAGUCAGGCUUGCACCGAAUUCGAAACCUGCUUGGUCGAGUUUUAUGCGUUGAUAUUACAAUUUCUCGCAGGCGCGGUUCGCAUCUGUCAAAAAAGCAGCAUUACACGUGGGUUUGACGCAUUCUGGCGAAUCGAAGAUGUGUCGACCUUUGAGAAUGCGUGCAAUAAAAUGGCCAGCCGUGCCGAGAUCGCGGCGAGCAACUGUGAUCGAGACUUGGAUGCUACUAACCGAGCGGAGGUGAAACGGCAACAAGAAGAUCUCCGGCAAGUUUUGAAGCAGUUGGAAACCAUACAUCUUCUACGGACUGGCAUCGAUAAACUAGAGGCUAAAUUCGACCUCAGCAAGCUCCCAGUGGCAACGGGGGCCGCUUUCAACUCUUACCAAAGCGAACACGAUGCUCGAUGUCAUCCAGACACUCGGGUAGACUUACUCCGGGAGAUCUAUGACUGGGCUGACGACAUCAAUGGAAAAUGCAUUUUUUGGUUAAGAGGUAAGGCAGGGACGGGUAAGUCGACGAUAUCUCGCACGGUCGCCCAGGCGUUCGCCGACAAAGGGCGGCUGGGCGCCAGUUUCUUCUUCAAGCGAGGCGAGCACGAUCGUGAGAAUGCGAGUCUCUUCUUCACCACUAUCGCGGUCGACUUAGUCCGCCAGAUACCGGAAUUGGCAACCCGCAUUCACCAGGCGAUCGAUGAGAACCCCGGGAUCGCCCGCGAGGCUUUGAGGGAACAGUUCGAAAAGCUUAUCUAUCAGCCUUUGGCCGCCAUUGGUUCUACCUCGUCUGCAAGACCUAUCUUAGUUAUCGAUGCGCUGGACGAGUGUGACCGAGAAGGAGACAUACGCACUAUUCUCUCUCUCCUGGCCAGUGUACGACGACUCGGUUCAGUCCAUGUACAAGUCUUUCUGACCAGUCGACCGGAGCUACCGAUCAAUCUCUGUUUUGCACAGAUCGGCACCGAAACGCAUCACGAUGUCGCUCUUCACGACAUUCCACCUUCCACGAUCCGCCAUGACAUCUCCGUCUACCUGGAAAGUGAAUUCCAACGGAUUCGCGAUGAGCAUAACUGUCUUUGGCCAAUUGAUCAAGCACUGGCUCUCCACUGGCCAGGCCGGCUGACUCUGGAGUCCUUCAUUCAACUGUCCGAUCCACUUUUCAUCGUGGCUGCCACGAUUUCCCGCUUCAUUGGUGACCGUCGCGGCGACCCCCACGACAGACUGGCGACGUUUCUCGCUCAGCUCAACACUGGGCAAAUGACCCAAAUGGAGCAAACGUAUCUCCCCGCGCUCUAUCAGAUAUUAGUCGACGUCGAGGAACCCGAGGAAAGGGAUAAGCUUUGCCGCGAUUUCCGUAAAAUUGUGGGAUCGAUCAUUCUCCUGGCCAAUCCCUUGUCCACGAUUUCCCUCUCCCAACUACUCCAGAUUCCUAGACGGAAAAUUGAUCACCAACUACGACUUCUCCACUCGGUGCUGUCUGUGCCUUCCAACGCUGAAGCGCCGGUUACGUUAUUCCACCUCUCCUUCCGGGAAUUCCUCGUGAAAAAAGGCCACUCCGAUCGAGCACGACUGUUUGCGAUCGAUGAGUUCUUCACGCACGCAAAUCUGAGCGAUAAAUGCCUUGCACUGCUUCAGAGUCCCGGCGGUCUUCGAAAGGAUAUCUGCCAACUACAGCACCCUGGUGUCUUGCGAGAAGACAUCGACGAGACCACCGUUACCGAACACAUUCCACGUUCUCUCCAAUAUGCCUGCCGCUACUGGGUCUACCACCUCCAGCACAGCGGACGCAAGAUCCGUAACGAUGAUGUCGCUGCCAAUUUCCUACGGGAGCACUUUCUACAUUGGCUCGAAUCGUUGAGCCUUCUGGGGAGGAUCUCCGAGAGCGUUAACUGCGUCGUCACAUUACAAUCGCUUGUGGCAGAAGAGAACAGCCAAAUAUCGGCCUUUCUACAAGAUGCGCGACGGUUUGUGCUAACAUUCAAUCCCAUUCUUGCGCAAGCGCCGUUACAGGCGUAUGCAGGUGCUUGGCAUUUCAGCCCACUCGCCAGCAUUGUCCGCAACGAUUUUCAGGAUCAGGCAUUACAAAGUGUUCGAGUGAUAAGAGGAAUCCCAGAGCGGUGGAGCGCAUGCUUACUAACUUUUGAGGGUCACUCCAGUGCGGUCUACAGCGUGGUGUUCUCGCCCGACGGGUCGCGCGUCGCCUCUGGCUCCGGGGAUAAUACGGUGCGGGUGUGGGAUAUACAGACGGGCGCGUGCGAGCAGACACUCGAGGGUCACUCCAGUGAGGUCUAUAGCGUGGUGUUCUCGCCCGACGGGUCGCGCGUCGCCUCUACCUCCGACGACAAAACGACACUCGAGGGUCACUCCAGUGAGGUCUAUAGCGUGGUGUUCUCGCCUAACGGGUCGCGCGUCGCCUCUAGCUCCGGGGACAAAACGGUGCGGGUGUGGGAUAUACGAACGGACGCGUGCGAGCAGACACUCGAGAGUCACUCCAGUGAGGUCUAUAGCGUGGUAUUCUCGCCUAACGGGUCGCGCGUCGCCUCUGGCUCCGGGGAUAAAACGGUGCGGGUGUGGGAUAUACGAACGGGCGCGUGCGAGCAGAUACUCGAGGGCCACUCCGGCGUGGUCGACAGCGUAGUAUUCUCGCCCGACGGGUCGCGCGUCGCCUCUACCUCCGACGACAGAACAGUACGGGUGUGGGAUAUACAGACGGGCGCGUGCGAGCAGACACUCGAGGGCCACUCCGGCGUGGUCGACAGCGUAGUGUUCUCGCCCGACGGGUCGCGCGUCGCCUCUAGCUCCGACGACAGAACAGUACGGGUGUGGGAUAUACAGACGGGCGCGUGCGAGCAGACACUCGAGGGCCACUCCGAUAUGGUCAACAGCGUGGUGUUCUCGCCCGACGGGUCGCGCGUCGCCUCUAGCUCCUUCGACCGAACAGUGCGGGUGUGGGAUGUUACCACCGGAACUGAGUUACUGUGCUACGAUUCUCAUAUCUACGACAACGAUAUUGAAUUUAUUGACAACGGCUCAAAUAUUCUGGCCAAUGGUCAAGUCAUAAAUAUUCCACAACAAUUACCACGACCUACUGUUACAACGGAAUCAUCGAGCUUUAACAUAUCAUCCGGUGGCAAGUUGGGAGUCACUGGCGGCUGGAUUACAUGGAGCUCACAAAGAAUAUUAUGGCUGCCGCCUGAAUAUCGUCCUACAUCAUGGCUAGGCCUACGCGAUAUUAUUAUCAUCGGGAGCGGAAAUGGUCGUGUUACUUUCGUGCGUUGGACUGUGUAG